CUCUCUCUAACUCCCCUUUCGUCUCUUCAGCCUCAAACUUCAUCUCUUACUUAACUUCUUUUCUAGUUUUUUUUUUUUUUUCAAAAGGAAGAUGAGAAACAGUUUUUUAUCAGACUUGUUACGCUUUGCGAACCCCACGGAAAACUUACCUUCCAGGGUUAAUGGGAUUGAUUAUAACUCAACUGAGUUAAGUUCAGUUCCUGGGUUUAACUUGUAUGGUAAGACGGAUAGUAGUUCAAUAUGCCGAGCAAAGAUAUCUAAUUUGCCGAAUUUAACGUCCGAAACUUAUUUGGGUGCACGCCAAUCCACAGACGGUGGCGAUAUUUCAUUUUUGGGAACGGAAAUCGACGAAUUCUUGACCAGGGCUUCUCGGAAGACCUUCGAGAAUUCUCCCAUCAAUUUAGAUGGAGUUGUAGCUAAAGAUUGUGAUGAUGGUGUAGUCCUAGGUGAAAAUUAUACAGCCACAUUUACAAAUGAAGAGGAGCUACCGGAAACUCAACCACGGGACAAAGUUAAAAGGAGAAGGUUAAGUUCUUCCGCAAGUGAGGAGGCCGCUGAGGAUAAUGAUACAGCUGAAGAAGAAAAGAAACUGACUUUUAGCGAAAAGUUGAAAUGGUUAAAGAAUUUACUCCCUGCUUGUUCCUCCAAAGGUUCAGAUACAGUUACUAUUCUUGAAGACGCAGCAAAGUAUGUUAGGAGUCUUCAAAGGAAACGCGAGGUUCUCAAGCAGCAAGUAGACCCGCAAACUUUCAUGGAGAGUGAGGAAUUGCGCCUAAACUGGAAUGGUAAAUUUCCCACCUUUAAACCAGUUAAUUCAAAAUCCAGAAGUAACUAUCCCUUUAUAUUGCCGGCUCCACACCACCAAAUACUGAUGAGCCGUCAACCUGAAAGACAGGGAUGUUUGUGUCGGUUUUCUCCGGAGACUUCAAUGUCUUUGCCCCCUCUGCCUGAUGUUAUGCCUUUGCCUGAUCUCGAAACUCCACCUGAUUUCGAACAACAAGUUCAACCUCUUUCUUCAUGGGAGGAUGAAUUACAAAAGCUUGUCAAUCAGUUUUUCCGUUGAGGAUGAUCAGCUGCUACAUCAAUCUCCAACUUUUUAGAGAAGUCCAGGGAAUGAAUCCGAAUGGUCCGAAUUUCCUUCUCCAAGAUCAUCUACUAGAUCCAAUGUUUUAUUUGUAUUACCGCCAUUCUUGGCCUGUAAUGACUUGAUGUUUAACAAUAACUAGUUUAGUUUGUGAUAACAAUAUUUUGUUAUUCUUUUGACGGGCUAAGUGA